CCCAGGGCGUACGCAUGCGUGCACGCGGCCGGCGGGGCGGGGCUGCGAGGGGAGGGGGCGGCGGCGGCGACGGUAUUGUCGGUGUCGUUAUCUCCGUGGCGCGGACGGUGCGUUUUGACGCGGGUGGUCGUGGGAAAGUAUCCGGGGUGGCCCAAGUGGGGCCGGUACGACCCCGAAGUCCGCCGUGGCGGAUCUCAGGGAGUGGGCACCGGCGGCCGGUUCCUCGCCGCGCCUCGGGUCGGAGCCGAGGGCGCGCGCCGGGAGGCCGGGCUGUGCCCGUGUCGCCCGGGCGACGAGGGCCGCCUGCUGCCGGUUCCCCGCGUGGACCGGUCUCCGCCUCGAUCUCGGUCUCAGUGGCGCUCGGCCCGCGGUGGGCCAGGGUCUCUGCGGAGGCGCCUGCAGGGCGAGGCAAGGCCCUGGUCUUGCGAAGCCCGCCAGGCAUCAUGGUUAUGAAAGCUACUGUAGACGACGAUGCUUCGGGAUGGGAGCUCGGGGUCCCGGAAAAAAUGGAAAAAAGUAGCACAAGCUGGGUGGACAUAACCCAGGAUUUUGAAGAUGCUUGUCGAGAGCUGAAGUUGGGAGAACUGCUUCAUGAUAAGCUGUUUGGUCUUUUUGAAGCCAUGUCUGCUAUUGAAAUGAUGGAUCCUAAGAUGGAUGCCGGUAUGAUCGGGAACCAAGUGAAUAGAAAAGUUCUCAAUUUUGAACAAGCUAUCAAGGAUGGCACCAUUAAAAUUAAAGACCUCAGCCUGCCUGAACUGAUAGGAAUAAUGGACACCUGUUUCUGCUGUUUGAUCACAUGGCUCGAAGGCCAUUCCUUGGCACAGACAGUGUUUACGUGCCUUUACAUUCAUAAUCCCGACUUCAUAGAAGAUCCUGCCAUGAAAGCUUUUGCUCUGGGAAUCUUGAAGAUCUGCGACAUUGCACGGGAAAAAGUAAAUAAAGCUGCUGUUUUCGAAGAGGAAGAUUUCCAGUCAAUGACAUACGGAUUUAAAAUGGCCAACAGUGUGACAGAUCUCCGAGUUACAGGGAUGCUAAAGGAUGUGGAAGAUGAUCUGCAAAGGCGAGUAAAGAGUACUCGAAGUCGACAAGGAGAAGAGAGAGAUCCAGAGGUCGAACUAGAACACCAGCAGUGCUUGGCAGCAUUCAGCAGAGUGAAGUUCACGCGAGUGCUGCUCACAGUGCUCAUAGCCUUUACUAAGAAAGAGACCAGUGCUGUUGCAGAGGCUCAGAAACUGAUGGUCCAGGCGGCAGACCUUCUUUCUGCCAUUCACACCUCAUUGCACCACGGCAUCCAGGCUCAGAAUGGCACUACCAAAGGAGACCAUCCAAUUAUGAUGGGUUUUGAGCCCCUUGUUAACCAGAGAUUACUUCCACCCACCUUCCCUCGCUAUGCAAAAAUAAUUAAAAGAGAAGAAAUGGUCAACUAUUUCUCAAGAUUAAUAGACAGAAUAAAAACUGUCUGUGAAGUCGUGAACUUACCAAACUUACACUGUAUCCUGGAUUUUUUCUGUGAAUUUAGUGAGCAGUCACCAUGUGUUCUUUCAAGAUCUCUGUUACAAACCACUUUCCUCGUGGAUAACAAAAAGGUCUUUGGCACUCAUCUCAUGCAAGACAUGGUGAAAGAUGCUCUGCGGUCCUUCGUCAGUCCUCCGGUGCUCUCCCCCAAAGAGGAAAGCACCGAGUCUUCAUACAGAGAACCCAGCAUUUGUAAAGCGUGAGCAUAUGAAAUUUAUUUUCAUACAUGAAAUAUUAAUUAGUACUUUAAUGUUCUCACCUUGAUUUGUUGAAUAAGUUUGACACAAGACACAUAAAAGUGUGGUAGUUUUCUAUGUUGAGUUUCUUGGAAAUAGAUCUUGAGAUCAGUAUUUAUGUAAAUGUAUUUAGUGAUGUUGCCAGGAAAAGCCAGCAGUGUUAUAGACCAGCAGGACAUGAAGAGGAAGAAGCCCAGGGCCUUGCCUGUACUCCACUGCGUGUCUGCUCCAUUCUGUAGGAAGCUCUGCAUACAGUGUAGGCUACAACCUCAGGAUUUCCUCCUGGGGGGGGGAUAAAGGAACCCGAGAGUUUGUCCCGGAAGACUGUAGAUAACAGCUGUCACCCCCUCAUGUUCACUGUACGAGCAAUGGUCUUUGUGACUCCGCCUAGACAGCCUGGUGUGCUCUAGUCAGACCCUUGCCUGUCCCUGCAUCCAUAGCCUCAUCUUAUGUACUGCCCUUGCUGUCCUGUCCGCCUCUGUCAGACUGGUUUUCCUGCUGUUUUGGGAGUGUGGGGGUAGGGAUGGGGGGUGUUGUUUUUCUCCCCUGCUGGACAUUAUACAGGGUGAAGGAUGGGAGUCACAGUGCUCUACGACCACUACCUAGACUGUGUGGUGUCUCCCUUGUGAGUGCUGCCUUGGGCACCUUGCUCCAGUUCAAGCCUUCAGUCCCUGUCUCUCUCAUAGUUUUCUGCUUUGUUAUAUUAUGCUGCUCUCUCCAAUUAGACCACAAGCUGCACAAACACAGUGUUCAGGACUGCAACUGAGGCUGGCAUGUAGCAAACACCUAGUAAAUGUGAGUGGUUGUCCUCCAUAUUUAAACACUGUAGAUUAUAGGAAGUAGUGCACAUGCAGGUACUUUUUCCUUAGACUGCCUUUGGUAGAAGACAGCUUGUCUUUUUUGCUUUUCUUUGUGGUGGUAAACAGGUCUGCCAGUCCACAGAUUUUCUCUCCUGUCUGCUAAAUCUUCCUUCUACCAUUCCUUAAGAAGAAGCAUUCUCAUCUUUAGCUGUUGAAUCCUGUCUCUGACGAGCAUGCAGAAUUCUCUUUCCCUCUCUGGCUCCUGUGCGUCUCCUGCUGCCUCAUCUCUGCUCUCUUCCCUUUUAAGAGAGGACUUCAACUUCUGUUUUCAAGGAUCUGUGUUAGAGAUCUGGGCUGGGAAGUUGAGCAGGGAUUUAAAAAAUGUUCAAAGGUCAUCUUUUUAAGUAUUUAAGUUUAAGGUAAAUACUGAACAAUUAUUUGUCGCUUGUUCAUAAAUUUGCCAAGUUAUGAUCAGAUCUUGCUUGUAAAGUCUACUGUUUACUUUUAUUUAUUGUAUGGUUGAGUGUGUAACCGAUUUCCAUGUCUGUAACAUACAUAAGAAAAAAUUCCUGUUCUUAGAAUUCAGUUGGUGUGCAUCUAUUCAGUUGGUGUGCAUCUAUUCAGUCGGUGUGCAUCUAUUCAGUCGGUGUGCAUCUAUUCAGUCGGUGUGCAUCUAUUCAGUCGGUGUGCAUCUAUUCAGUCGGUGUGCAUCUAUUCAGUCGGUGUGCAUCUAUUCAGUCGGUGUGCAUCUAUUCAGUCGGUGUGCAUCUAUUCAGUUGGUGUUUUUAUUAAAUCCUAUGAUGUACCAGUCAUGCCUGCUCUAUCCGUGUCCACCCUGCUGAGCAGGAUUAAACUAGGGCAGCGACCUAAUGCUCAGUUCACCACCAUUUCAUUCUCAGGCUUACCAGCCCUGCUUUCUUGCUUUACAUUUGUCUUGUUUUUUCAUUGUUCACACCUCUGUAUGUAACAUGUUAAACCUGAACAAUCGUCAAAACAAGCUUUAUUUUAGAAAGGUGCACCCAGUACCAGCCAUCCGGCUGUCUUACCCUAUGUCAGGAUUUAAAGAGCAGCUCCAAACGUUGAGGAAGAGAUGGUUUGGUUUGAUUUGGUUUGGUUUUGUUGCUUUGCUGUGCUUUACUUUGCUUUUUCAAGGUAGGCUUUCUCUGUAUAGAUCUAGCUGUCCUGGAACUCACUUUGUAGACCAGACUACCUCUGCUAGUGAGUGAUGGGAUUAAAGGUGUGUGACAUGGUUUCACUGUCAGGGGUAGAGGGUUUCCAAAUGCAAGGUUUGGUGGAGUUACAGGAGGGGAACAUAAGCGUAAGAGUUAGCCAUAAUGACCUCCUGAAACAAGGUCCUGAUUGCCAUUUCUGAGCUGGAAAGUGCUUGUAGUUAAGGAGGUGGGUGGAGCCGCUCCCUGAGAAACAGAGAUGUAAUCAGCAACAGGAGUGAGCAUGGUUGCUCUUCACUGUAGGUGACUUUAAGCCUGAGAUGGAGGCAGGCUGGUUCUUUAGAGAUGUGCUUUGAUGCUUUGCUCGGCCAUGUGUGUGUUUGUUAGUUUUUUAUUUAGGCAUGGCGGUUUACUAAUUCCUCUUACGUACUGUUUAUUUUCUUUAUUCUCCUCUUCUUUUUCCUGGGUUAAUAGUGCUUAUUAAUUUCCCUUUUUCUUUCCUAAUUUGGAAGUUCUAAUACACUCUCCUUUCUCUACAUGAGUAUGCUGCUGUUUAGGACAAAGUGUAUCUUGUGUCUCUUCAAGAAUCCGAGCUGGCACUAUAACCCUGUAUGUGAUGCUACUUAGGAGAAUGGGGCAUUUGAGAAGUAAUUAAUCACCAGGCUGUCAGGCUGUCCAGUGAAGACAGACACAGGAAGUUAGCCCUCUCUGCUGUCUUCUUCAUUUCCAGGUCAUGAUGUUUGGCAGGUGCUUAGGUGGUUGAGAUGGCCCCUGCACAGGUAGAGUUUCCUCAUGGACCAAACUGCUGAAAGGGUCUUAGGCUUGGGCCUUGUGAAUCACAUUGUGUAAAUACAUUGGAAGCAGUAGAGAGUUUGUUUGUUUGUUUUCAUGUAUGUGAGUACACUGUCAGACAUACCAGAAGAGGGCAUUAGCUCCUAUUACAGAUGGUUGUGAGCCACCAUGUGGUUGCUGGGAAUUGAACUCAGGACUUGUUGUGUGUGCUUGUAAUGGCAUUUCAGUAUGUAGGCCAGACUGUCCUAGAACUUACUUACUUGUCCAUGUGUUGUCAUGGUAGACCUGGUGUCUCACAUACACAAGGCCCUGGGUUCUAUCCCACCCAAUGCUGUUUUAAUUCUCUCUCUCUUUCUUCUUUGUAAGUGAUUUGAAAUUUUCCUCUGAUUCACUAGGGUUUCUUUUCAAGAUUUCAGGAGUUUUACCAGAAUGGUUUUUAGCCAGUCUUCUCUACAACUCACCGUUAAGUCACCAAAUCAUAUCAUUUUCCUUAUUGCUUGUUUAGCAGUUGUUUCACUUUUCUCCUUUUACAUCAACUUCAUUAGGGUUUCUGUUGUUUUGAUUAAAUGCUAUGACCAUAGUAACUUGGGGAGUGAAGGGUUUAUUUCAGCUUGCAACUCUCAGGUCACACUCCAUCACUUAAGGAAAACCAGGGUAGAACAAGGCAGGAGCUGAUGCAGAGGACUGGAGAACACUGCUCACUGCCUUGCUCCCCCUGGCUUGCUGAACCUGUUGUCUAACAGCACACAGGACCGACCAGUCCAGGGUGGCACCACCCACAGUGAGCUGGAAAAGGCCUACAGGCCGACCUGGUAAGGGGCUUUACCCAAGCAAAGUUUCAUCUUUUAAAAUGACUCCAGCUGUGUCAAGUUUGCAUAAACCAGCAGCACAAUUAGCUGAUGCCCUAGGUCUUUGGAUCACCUACAGAUAUUCUUUGUGACAUCCAUGUCACAUCAGGCUCUGCUGUUGUCGGGAGUGCUUUCUGUCCUUCCUUUAAGGCUGUUUGUGAGCAUCUUUCCUUCAGCUACUUAGAUUUAAAGAGUCAGGGAGGGUUUGCAUUCUAAUCUUACUAUUUGUCAGUUAAAGACAGAGUCUUCUAGCUCCCCCCUCUCUUCUUUCUUUUUUUUCUUUCUAGCCCUUGUUCCUGUG